UCUCACCAUUUCCAAUAUUCAAAAUUCCUUACAAUACAGCGAAUUCACAGUAAAAAAAUGGAUGCAAGCACAAAGGUGAAGAAAGGAGCAGGAGGAAGGAAAGGAGGAGGACCAAGGAAGAAAUCGGUAACAAGAUCCGUCAGAGCCGGACUUCAAUUUCCCGUCGGAAGAAUCGGCCGAUUUUUGAAGAAAGGCAGAUACGCUCAGCGUGUUGGCACUGGCGCUCCUGUUUACCUAGCAGCUGUUCUUGAAUAUCUUGCUGCCGAGGUUCUUGAGUUGGCUGGAAAUGCGGCACGUGAUAACAAGAAGAAUAGGAUAAGUCCAAGACAUUUGUUGUUAGCUGUGAGGAAUGAUGAAGAACUUGGAAAAUUACUUGCUGGUGUUACCAUUGCUCAUGGUGGUGUUCUUCCUAAUAUCAACCCUGUUCUUUUGCCAAAGAGGAAUGAAAAUGCUGCUUCUUCUGCUAAGGAGGCUAAGUCUCCUAAGGCCAAGAAAUCUCCUAAGAAAGCUUAGAUGGAUAGGGGGCUUUAGAUUCUUGGUGUUGUUCUGUGUUGAUAUAUUAGUUUAGGCACUUCUAAUCUAGAGGAUAAAUAUUUAAUGUAUACCAAGCAAUGUAAUUCCAGUUUCUCUUUCUCUUGUUUUUUGA